GCUGUCCGUUUGUCGCACGAGUAUAUGAACCAACCUGCUCUGGAUCCUUAUCACCACGUUGUCCACCCAACCCCUCGGUUUCUUACUACCCGCGUGCGCCGUUGGUAGUGCUGGUACCACGAGCAGCUAUGGCGUCGAUGAAUCUCACGCCGUCGGCCAAUGUUGCUCUUCUCUUUCUCGUCGCCACUUCGGCACUGCUCCCUUCCCGAUCUUGGGCUCAGAGCGGCAGUGCAACGAUGAACACGACGUUCCACAGCAACUACUUCGAAGGCGACUUGCGAGUCGUUGUGGGGCCCAACCGUAACCAGAUCCGCGUGCAGGCGUACAUGCCGGACUGGGCUAAGGCGGCCACACCCAAGCAGGAGUACAUCGUGGAGACUUACCCUCUGCCGUCCAACUUCUCCUCUCUCACGGACGUCAAGCACAUCAUCAUGACCUUCAGCCCUGCCUCCUGCUACCCCAUCUACAACAGCACAAACUUUACUCCAGAGCAGGCUGUACCCGCCUACCUCGCCUCGGGCCCUGACUUGUGCCUCUCCUGCUACGUCUACCUCACCUUCUCCCUCCUCGACGUGACCACGGCCAGCCAGAUCGGCAGCACGUGCACAGAGACAGACAACGGGAAGCAGCGCGGUUACAUCUGCUCCACGUCACCUGAUGCCGACGUGUCAGUGACGCAGGCGUUUGGAAAACUGCCAGUGGUGAACGGGGGGGGGCCAGCGGCCGGCUUUCUAUACGCUGAACUGUUUGUGAGGCAGCCCGCGGGGUCAACUAUGCGCCUUCCGUCAGUGCCUGUGGAUCCUCUGGCCAUGAAGGGGAUCGGGUACAUUCUCGUGCCAUCCAAGGGACCUGCGCCUCUCCCUGGUGCCUUUGACGCCAUGCCCUUCAUUGCAGGCAACGACAGCAAGGCCGUUGGUGUGGGGCUAGUUUUCCCGAUAACUCUCCUUACUCAGGCAUCUCUCGCAAGCAGCCCAUUCAACAGCAAGACAGUGCAGACAGCCACGCCCACUGCCUUCCCUGCUCUCUCCAUGAGUGCACCUGCCAACCAGUCGCUCACCCUCAAUGCCACCAUCAUCCCCCCUGCUGCCCCCGGUGCUGCUGCUGCUGCUAGCGACGCCUACUACGAUGUCUCUUUCUACAUCAGCAAGGAUGUGGUCAAGGCUUCUGCUCGCUGCUGCAGUGCAUCUCUGAUGGCGGUGAUAUUUGCAUACCUUGCUCUCUUGUCUCUUUUGUAGAUUUGUGAGCGGUUUAAAUUUCCAUUCAAGAUGUUGGGGAAAACGAAAGUGCUGGAAUCCAUUUGUAGGGAAGCUUUUAUGAAUAUAUUUUCAAGAGGUAG